AUGCUCAAUAUUUGCCUCAAAGGAUCAAUGGAAGAAAACUUGUUGUGGAACCAGAUAUCCAGUGAUUUGCGACGGGUGGAGUAUCUUACCAUCUCAUCUGUUCCUAAUCCUGGUUUCACACCAGUUAUCACUUCAUGGCCACAGCAAAUUAGUAUCAUGAAUUCCGCUUGGUUCACUCUUGAAUCUCUUUUGACGUGCACUUGCAAUAUAAUUACAAUCGGGAGGUCCGACCUGGAAAACAAGGAUUUGGAUGAUAUACUCAAUAAUUGGAAGACUGGAGGAUUCCCGAAUCUAGAAUAUCUGUACAUCAAAGGUAAAAAUAUUACAAACAAUGGAACGACGAUUUUGGGAAGGAAUUUGAGGGAGUUAGAUGGAAUGAUUAUCCAAACUAAUGAUGGAUCGAAGAAGGCAACUAUUAAGCUUGGCUUCCCCUGGGCGAUCGAAAUUUAUGUGACUCCAUUUGAAUAA